AUACAAAUUUAAACAGUAACAACGUCAUUCAGCGACUUUCAAAUCAACGGCAUUCAGAGACUUUCAAGAGAAGAGAUCGUGGAUUGACUUUCUCCUGAGGACAACUACAACUACAACAAAGAAGAAGAAGAAGAAGAAGAAGAAGAGGAGAUCGUGGACUGAAUUUCUCCCGAGGAUCACCAACGAAGACGAGGAUGAACUACCACCACUACAGCGAGGAACCUUGCGACGCGAUCAUCGAGGCUGGAGGCGUUUAUUUCCCGGUGCACCAGCAGGCGAUGUUGGACUUGAGCCCAACAUUUUUCAGUGAUCUGUUCGCAAAGGGCCCCACUGAAUUCUCGGUGUACACCGUCCAUAAUGUGUCUGUGAACAUCAUGAGGUCCAUCAUCCAGUAUGCUUACUCCAAGAAGAUAAACAUCACGCGGAGAAACGUGAAGGAUCUGUUGGCGGCAGCUGAAUACCUGUCCGUGAGCGACAUUGUUCAGCUCUGCAAACAGUUUCCGGAGAAGCAGCACUGUGAAGAGGACAGCUGUGACACGACGGAAUCGCCUGCUACCCACUUCUGGCCUGAUGUUCCACCAUGGGAGAGGAGCCUGCUGUACAAGCUUGGUGUUUUUCCACCAAGUGCAUAUGAGCCAAAUGCCAGUCCACCAAGUGCAUAUGAGCCAAAUGCCAGUCCACCAAGUGCAUAUGAGCCAAAUGCCAGUCCACCAAGUGCUUAUGAGCCAAAUGCCAGUCCACCAAGUGCUUAUGAGCCAAAUGCCAGUCCACCAAGUGCAUAUGAGCCAAAUGCCAGUCCACCAAGUGCAUAUGAGCCAAAUGCCAGUCCACCAAGCGCUAAUGGACCAAAUGCUUAUGGACCAUUUGCUUAUGGACCAAAUGCUUAUGGACCAUUUGCUUUUCCACCAAGCACUUAUGGACCAUUUGCUUAUGGACCAAAUGCUUAUGGACCAUUUGCUUCUGGACCAAAUGCUUAUGGACCAUUUGCUUUUCCACCAAAUGCUUAUGGACCAUUUGCUUCUGGACCAUUUGCUUAUGGACCAAAUGCUUAUGGACCAAGCGCUUAUGGACCAUUUGCUUCUGGACCAUUUGCUUUUCCACCAAAUGCUUAUGGACCAUUUGCUUCUGGACCAUUUGUUUAUGCACCAAGUGCUUAUGCACCAAGCACUCAUGGACAAUUUGCAUAUGCACCAUGUGCUCCUGCACCAAGUGUUUAUUGCCACCGACAGCAGCGCAUUACUUUCUGUUACUCUUCCCGCAGACAGCGUCAAACACCGUACUCGCGUCCGACUCUGAGGAACAGAAACCAAGCUGGCACAUUGCAUGAAAUCAUGCAUACAUAUACAUAUACUUACACAUAUUAAACCUAUUACUGUAUAUAUAUUAGUUUAAAUAUCAAAGAUCUGCCACAUGUAAAGUAAUAUAUAUGUAAUGUAAUUUUUUUUCUUUCUGCAGCUCCAUUUCAACUUUUUAGAUAUUAUCUCCACAGGUAGGUAUAAAUAAAUUUUGUUAUAUUUUAGCUAACACUGUAUUUAAAUCUGUCUUUUCUUUUUUAACAGGUCUGCAGGACUUAAGGACAUCAUCUUUAGCCUGUAUAGAAUUUGUAUCUUUUCCCAUAUCAAUCCCACCACCCCAAUUACCCCCUCAUCCCUCUUUGUAGAUAUCCCUCU